AUGGCUUCUAACGUCAUAGACGCUGGGUUCGUUAUACACUUUCUUUCGGUGGAGAACCCCACCGGGUCCCCACAUUGGCCAUCUGCCAAAAAGACCUUCCCGAACGCCGGAAUAUUUUCCUUUUCCAAAGUUCAUAAAGAGGCUGGAUGCAUCUGUGUGUUCGCCAUGAAAACUACCUUGCUCACAACGCUCUCCCUUGUUGGAACGGCGCUCAGCACUGCACCGUCUCUGGCUGAGAACGCACCGGCUCUCAUCGCUCGACAAAAUGCUGCCGAUCCCGACAGCUGCAAGGGAUACGUAGCUAAAAAUGUCAAGACCAACAGCAAUGGCUUGACCGCUGACCUCACUCUGGCUGCCAACUGCGGAAUAUACGGCACUGACAUUCAAAGUCUCAAGUUGGAAGUCACCUAUGAGGACAAGGAUCGUGUUCAUGUCAAGAUCGGAGACAAGGCAGGCAAGCGAUACGAAGUCCCUGAAGAAGUGUUCCCUCGUUCGAAGUCCAAGGUCACGGCCUCGUCGGCUAACCUGGUCUUCAAGUACGUCGAAUCCCCCUUUUCAUUCAGCGUGAGCAGGAAAAACACUGGAGAGGUGCUCUUCGACACCAAGGGCAGCGCACUCGUAUUUGAGGAACAAUACCUUCGCCUCAAGACCGCCGUGCCCAAUGAUGCGAACAUCUAUGGUCUUGGCGAACACACAAAUACCUUCCGGCUUGAUCCUACCAAUACCACUCGCACCCUGUGGAACCGUGAUGCUUACGGUAUUUCCCCAGGAACUAACUUGUACGGAGCUCAUCCAAUUUAUUUCGAGCAUCGUUCGACCGGAACCCACGCUGUCUUGUUACUCAACAGCAAUGGAAUGGACGUCAAGCUCCGCCAGGGUAGCUUGGAAUACAACACUAUCGGAGGUAUCUUGGACCUGUACUUUAUCGGAGGCAACGAGGGCAAGUCUUCCCCAGCCGAUGUGAGCCGUGGUUAUGCCAAGUUGGCUGGUUUGCCGGCUGCUGUUCCUUACUGGGGUCUUGGUUUCCAUCAAUGCCGAUACGGAUACAAGGACUUUGUCGAUGUAGCCAGUGUUAUUACCAAUUAUUCUGCAGCUGGAAUUCCUCUCGAAACCAUGUGGACCGAUAUCGAUUACAUGUACAAGCGCUGGGUGUUCACUAAUGACCCAGAAUAUUUCCCUACCGCAAAGAUGAGAGACAUCGUAAACUACUUGCACAAGCACGAUCAACAAUACAUCGUCAUGGUUGACCCCGCAGUUGCCUACCAGCCUGACAAGGGAUACAAGGCAUUCGAUCGAGGUGUCAAGGACGACAUUUUCUUGAAGGAACUCAAUGGGAGCUUGCACAAGGGCGUCGUCUGGCCCGGUGUGACUGUAUACCCCGAUUGGUUCCACCCCAAGGUCGAUUCGUACUGGACCAACGAGUUCAAGGAGUACUUCAGCCCACAGACCGGUAUUGAUAUUGAUGGAGUCUGGAUCGAUAUGAAUGAGCCUGCUUCAUUCUGCAACUACCCGUGCGACAAUCCCGAUGAGCAAGCCGUCGGAAACCCCCCUCCCCGUCUGACCGGCCCUCCUGAUCCCAACACUCCAAUUUUCCAGAACGCCACCAAGCGCUCUUUCGAAACUCGUCAGUCAACCGGAAUCAACUACAACGAGCCUCCUUACAAGAUUGGUAACGCCCUACCUUAUCUCGGUGACCGCACUGCGCACAUGGACCUCAAGCACGCCAACGGCCUCAUGGAGUAUGACACCCACAACUUGUACGGCACAAUGAUGUCUUCCAAGACACGCGAUGCAAUGCUGGCACGUCGUCCGGGCCUAAAGCCGCUCAUCAUCACUCGUUCGACUUUUGCCGGUGCAGGUGCAAAGGUUGGCAAAUGGCUUGGUGACAACUUGAGCGAAUGGGGACAGUACCGCUUCUCGAUCGCUGGUAUGCUUGCUAUGACUGGUAUUUACCAAGUUCCUAUGGUCGGAAGCGAUGUUUGCGGAUUUGGAGGGAAUACUACGGAGACUCUUUGCGCCCGCUGGGCCAUGUUGGGAGCGUUCCAGCCCUUCUAUCGUAACCACAACGGAGAUACCUCUAUUAGCCAAGAGUUCUACCUGUGGCCUUCCGUCGCUCAGGCCGCCAGGAAUGCCAUUUCUAUCCGCUACCAACUCUUGGACUACCUCUACACCGCCAUGCAGCAAGCACACGAAGACGGCUCCCCAGUUCUCAACAGCUUGUGGUUCAAGUAUCCCCAGGAUGCCAACACAUAUGCGAUCGAUCUCCAGUUCUUCUACGGCGACUCCAUUCUCGUUUCUCCAGUCACCGAAGAGAACUCCACCUCGGUCGACAUCUACCUUCCCGAGGACAUAUUCUACGACUUCCUGACAUACCAGCCCGUGCAGGGUAACGGUGCGAAGGUGUCACUGACGAACGUCAACUUUACGUCAAUCCCAGUACACAUCAAGGGAGGGUCUGUGCUGCCACUUCGUGCGAGCAGCGCGAUGACGACCAAGGCGCUCCGGGAGAAGGACUUCAACAUCGUCGUAGCUCCUGGUACCGAUGGCAAAGCUACCGGACAGCUGUACCUGGAUGACGGUGUCUCGCUGGACCCGAAGGCGUCUACGCAUCUUGAAAUGAACUACUCGAACAAGCAAUUGACAGUCAAGGGCAGCACUGGCUACAAGACCAACUCCAAAGUUGGGACCGUCACGUUCUUGGGCGUUAACGAGUCCCCCAAGGCAGUCUAUCUCAAUUCGAACAAGGCUGACCCCUCCAGCUGGAAGUACGACUCGAAUGCAAAAACUGUGAGCUUGACUGUUGGAAAGGCGUUAGGUGGUUUCACCGCUCGUCUGGCUUAA